AUGACCUACCAAGCGAAGGAAGUUGUUACGGAGGAGUUCCUUCGAAAGAAGCUAGAGGUGUCGGGUGAACUGGCCAGGAUGCGUGCCAUGAUAGUGGACACUGCUUUGAAGACACUUUCCGAGGACCCGAACAUAAAAUCCAGGCUGUUUUCUCCCACACCACGUCUCAAGGCCGAGAAAGAGUCUGCGAAGGGCCGCCAGUCGCUUUCUGUUGUUAUGGAAUAUUUGGAGCACAUGGGACUGAAUUACACACUGAGCGUUCUGAAGCAAGAGGCUGCUUUAACUGAGUGUGCACUACAAAGCCGCCAGGACAUUGUUCGCGAGCUAGGACUCCCUGAGGGUUCUGGUCCCAUCCUGACGACGAUUAUGGGGGCACCGGGCGCGGCGGGUGCCAAUAGCGGGGUCUCCAAGGACAAUAUUGGUUUACCUACCACUACCCCAGAAUCAGCGCCUGUCCCUCGCGCCCCUGUUGCUCAGACUAAAACUGAAGAUGGUGAAGAUACCACUUACUUUAUUUCUAAGUGGUCUGGUCGAACAUUUUAUCGGUCCGGAGGGCAAGUGAGUGGUCAGCAAGUACAGUUGGAGUACCUCACAAACUGCACUGUUUAUGUUCUGGAUCCGCUGGACAGCAUAACUGUGGAUGAUUGCGAGGGUGGCGAGCUCAUCAUUGCCGCUUGCGAAGGCAGUGUAUUCCUCCGGAAUUGUAAAAAUAUGACAGUUCAUGUGGCCUGCAAACAACUACGCACUCGCGACUGUGAAUAUAUAACCCUGCACAUCUUCGCAACAACGGACCCUGUCGUGGAGUCAAGCCAUCAUAUUAAUUUUAAGCCUUUCUACAUAAGGCUCCCCGGUCUCCAAGCCAGUUUCAAGUCAGCCCGUCUCGACCCCAAAACGAACCGCUUCGUGCACGUUUACGAUUUCACUGAGGAUGAUCCCAAGCUUCCUAAACCCCAUUUUACUGUUACGUAUAAGGGCCACGGCCUUUGUAUGAAAGACCUUUGUGGUGAAAAGGGGAAACCGGACUGUCCGCAGGAAAUCGAAGAUUUCCUCGCUGGCCGCCUUGGGCCAGCGGCCAGCUCCGAGUCAGGACAUAACAAAAGCUACAACAUAAAAACGGGUGCAGAAGAAUGGACGGGGAACAAAGAAAGCAGCAGUCCCGAACGCGGCAAGGAGGCAACCCCUCCUGAAUCGGCUUCAAGGUCCGAUUCGUCAGCUCCUACAACCCCUCAUUCGCGUAAGGAUGAUGCCGUUCCAGCCCCCGCCGCGGCCACUGGAGACGCUCUGGAUGGCUCGUACUCUUCUUUUGACGAUGACGAAGACGAGGACGAGAACGAUUCUCAAAGUGACAAGAAGUCCGAAGAUGACGACGACGAUGACAGUGACGACUUUUAG